CGAGCCCUGACUGGACGCGGCAGUCGGCAUGAGACGUGCGCGGAGUGUGACUGGGCCCCUACGGCGCGCCCACCCCGCGUCCGGGGCCACCUGGAAUGUCCAGGUUGUGAGGGGGAAAAUGAGUUCACAAUGUUUAUGGCAUGCGUGUCGCGCGCUGUCUGCUGGAUUAUUACUGAUGCUGUUGGGUGGAGCUAUGGCAGUCAUAGGUUACUACGCAGAUACAUUAUCAGUAGCUCAGGAAGUGCGAGGAAACGCGACUGUCUCAGUGAAAGACGAGGCGCGAGGCUUCCACCUCAAUAAUUUAUCAUACGCGGGACCUAUUGUUAUGGGAUUUGGAGGUUUCAUCGUAGUCGCUGCGUGUGUGAUGACAUUUGAGGCUCGAGACAGUGCGGCCAAAGUCACUCCCGCGCGGCCCCAAGCGAUACCUCGCCCGUUGCCGCGAAGGGGCCCCUGCGCCACCCCAGCUAGGCUUGACCAACUCGGCGUGUAUAGAUUACCCCACGUACUUCCCUUACCACAUGCAUUACCUCUCCCACAAACUCACAGGAUACGACCACCACACACACGCAAAAGAGGUGGUGAACGAGCUAAAGAAAAAGCACGCUUCGGGUCAGCGCCCGAUUUGCGUAGCGCUAGCGGUCGCGCUCCGUUGCCGGUUACUGCAUUACGACGACCGCUACGGCGCUACGCGCUUUCUGUAGAUGAGCCCCCGCAAUCAGCCGUCAGUGCUAGCGCAGCUGAAUCGGAGUGUGGCUCACAGUCGUCUCUUGCACUCGACUUGCAUGGUAGUGGCGCAUGUGCGGGAGUGACAUUACGAGUUCGGGACAACACGCGUCGACGACCUCUUGCGCGGCAGCAACGUCUUGUUGACGACAUAUCACAACCUGUUUCGGGGGAACGAAUGAAUGCUAUAAAUGGGAUUGAGGAAUCGCCGCCAAGAUUGAAUCACGAGGUUACAACAGACAAUGUAGAAAUGGUUCAUCUCUCUAUCGAAAGAGAGAUCCGAGCAUGCAGCGCACCGCCUUUGUCAUCUCCGCCGCCAUCACCUAUGUCCACUUUACAGACUGAAACACGUAUAUGUAUUGAACCAGAAGAAAAUAAAGACACAAACGAACAUACUUCACCGUUAUGUAAUAAUAAUGAAAACAAUGAUAUAAUAGAAGACACUAAUAAUUGAUAAAAAUCAUGAUCUUGUAGAGAACUAUGUACGAUGACGAUGCAAGUUUUGCUCAAUUUGAAAGUAGUGUAUCUAUAUAUAUAAUCCAUAAUGCCUGUCUAUAUUUCAAUUUUACGUUAGUAAUUCAAAUUCAACCAUUACAAGUUGAAGCUUUUAAUUUGAUUAUGUACGGCCUAAUUUGAAUAUUCCACAUUUUUUCUUGGGUUUAAAUCAUUUUUAUUCGAUUAAAUUUCAUUACUUUUCUUGUUUUAUCAAUUACUGCCAGUUAUUUUCAGUUACAAAUAGCCUUCUCAGCUCAAUUUUUU